CGUGGACGGACGGACCAACUGGACGUCCCACGCUGAGUUGGACCUGGGCAUCCGAUCCGACUCGCAGGCUCUAAACGGCUGUCCCGUCAGCACCACGGUGUCCUCCCUCCGGGUUCCUCAGAACUGCUUCUCACGGAUCCAACUUCUUGCCCACGACCCUGACGGAGAUGACGUGAGAUGUCGCUUCGCCUCCAAAGCUUCGGCUCCGGCAAACUUCACCAUGGACGAGACUGGGUGUGAGCUGAGGGCUUCGGGUCUCGUUGCCGUGGGCGACCACGUGUUCGAGCUGUUUCUGGAGGACUUUCCGCGCAAAAACCUGACCUUGAGGUACGCGGGCGGAGCGUCGGUGUGGCGGGAGGCCUCGGACGCGAACGCGCCGCCUCUCUGCCAGGUCCUGCUGCAGUUCUCCAUGAAGAUCCUUCCUCCCAUCGCCUCCUGUGAAGCGGGUCACGGGCUGCCCGAGUUCUUGUCCCAGACGGCUUCUCACAGAGACGUUCUCCUCGCCACCAUAGGUCACAUGUCCCAGCUCUCCGCCCGAGCACGGGCCCACCACACCAGCAUCUACGACUUCCAGGUGAGCGGCCCUCACAACAUGAACAAAGUCUUCAGACGCCAUCAUAACGGAGAAGCUGAAGUGACUCUGAGCUGGACUCCAGAGCCCAGCGACCUGUACAGAUCGGUCCCGGUCUGCUUCACGGCCGAGACCGACGAAACACAAUCAGAUAUGCGGUGUGUGGUUGUCAUGGCGACCCAAGCGGCUGUCAUUCAAGGCGACGCCAGCGUCACCUGCUCGCCCAACAAGAUGAUGGUCGCUCUGGAGAAAGCCUCCAUGGCCGGCAUCGACGUGAACUACCUGAAGCUGAGGGACCCGUCCUGCUCGCUCACCGCCAACGCCACCCACAUCCUGGCCGUUAUGUCAUUCAGCACCUGCGGCACAAAACUCCAGGAUCAAGGCGACUUUCUCAUUUUCAAUAAUGAGAUAAACUCCUACGUGCUGCCAACCGAGGUCAUAACCCGAAGGAAGAAAGUUAAGAUCGCUUUCAAUUGCCGGUUUCCAAAGACCAUCAGCAUCUCCAGCUACUUCAACCUCCACAAUUCGGACUACAUCUUCACCGAGUCCAGCUUCGGCAGCUUCGGCUACACUUUUGAGAUAUUCACCAACAGCAACUUUACAAGCAAGGUGGCCUAUCCGGUGGAGGUCAGGCUGCUGGAGAUGAUUUACAUGGGCAUUCAGGCAGAAUCAGAUCUACCAAACGUGAAUUUGUUUGUUGAAUCAUGCAAAGCUACUCCUGAUGAAAACCCGGACAACAGGCUCUCCUACGACCUCAUCAAGAACGGGUGCCAAAUGGACAAGACAAUUAUCAUCCACAAAUCAAAUGAAACGUCAUUCAACUUUGAGGUUCAAGCCUUCAAAUUUACUGGAAACUAUGACCAGGUGUACAUCACCUGCUCCGUCAUCCUGUGUGAGGCUGGGAGUCCCUUCUCCAGAUGUGCCCAGGGUUGUCUCAACGAUCCGUCCCGGCGCAGACGCAAGCGGCUGGCCAGCAGGGAGACAGUUGGACACCUCAUUACCCAGGGUCCUUUGCAGUUUGUCAGACAGGCUCCUCCAAAUAGAGCUGUGGAUGACAACGGAGAUGAGAUGAAACAGAGUGACCCUCCAGCUGCAGCAGUGCGUCCAGGCGGAGGACUGUUGGGAAUCAAGGAGGCCCUGAACACCAACAUCAGCACUGUGGUCUUUGCCUGCACCUUCUGUGUGUCCCUGGGGCUGAUGGCUGCCCUCAUCGGUCACUUCAUGAGAAAGAGGAAAGAUGAAGACCGCAAAUCUCUUUUAGUUUCACAGGGGGAAAACUAAACCCAACUAAUCUCAGUUACUAUUUGUUGUAUUUUGUCUUGUUCCAAAUGAUAUGGUCUGUGUGUAGAUUCAGUCAUCAUCCCUGCGGAUCAUAAUAUCCAUUAAAAGAUCUCCUCUUAAAGCUGGAAAGAUGAGGCAGGGUGCAACAUUUGAUAAACAGGAAGAACCAACCCCAGUGUUGUGAACUCUUUUUUUCCACUAAAGAAGCUAGCAUGUAGAAUGAGGUGAUCAGGUAUCAGACCGUCAGCCUGUCAUAUUUUACAAUGGUGUGUGAUGGUGAACUUUUGGGUUGGUAUUCACCUCGUCUAACAUAAAUCAAUCUAAUAAAUGAAAUAAUUCAUAUA